AUGCUCGCGCGGAGGAGCCCCUUCGCGAGGCUGCUGAGCAGCAGGACGGGGCAUGCCUUCCGUAGAGGAGGCUUCGCCAAGCUGGGCCCUCCGCCCAGGCGGCACAAAAGUAGCACUACCCAAGUGGAAGACGCGCCAGUGGAGGAGAGCAGCCAGCAAGCUAGUCACCACGAUAGCCACGUGGGCCUGCACGAUAGCCACCCCUUCGGCCACCGCUUCGCCCACCACAAGUACGUGGACUUCUUCCGAGAUGAAUCGAUGAGCGUCGGCAUUGUAAGUUUUAGAAGCGCCGUGCACGGGAAAAAAAACAUUUUGGGGGACUUCCUGGAAGAGCUCAAGAAUGUGGUGGAGCACAUCACCAACGUCAUGGCGAAUGAGGAGACGAACACAUUUUACAUAAAGGAGUUCCCCCGGGGGGACAACUACUUGGUGCAGAACAUGCGCAAUAGAAUUCCCUACGUAGACAAUCGCUUAAAGGUGCUCAUCCUUACGGGGGGAAAUGAACCGAUUGGGAGUGGCGAAGCCUCCAUGAGUGGGAGCACCCCCGAUUAUAACUCUUUCCUGAAGAACGACGAGCAGCUGAACGUGCAGCUGGCCAACUCAUUCCGCUACCUAUGCAACACCAUUCAACAUUUGCCCCUCAUCACCAUCAGCAGCAUCAACGGUCAGUGCCACAAUAGCGGCAUGGACCUCCUGCUGUCAACGGAUUUCAAACUGUCUAGCGAAGAGAGCACCUUCGGUUUUAACAAAGCACAUUUAGGGUUAUUACCCUACGGAGGGGGUACGCAGAAGUUGUUCCGAGCCAUUCCCAUGAGCUACGCGAAGCAUUUGCUACUUACAGGAGACACCAUCAGAGCGAAGGACGCCCUACGGAUUAACCUCAUAGAUAUAUGCAUGGGGCAUAAUGAAGACCAUUUUGUGCAAAACUCUUGCGUCCAUUUUGAUGCCAAUUUGGCGAAAAAGGAGAAGAUGCAAAUUAUAAAAGAAAGCGUUGGAACAUUCUUUGCAGACGUUUUCUCAAACGAGUUAUUUAAGGAUAGGGUGAAGGACAGCUGCUUUGUCUUUUCCCUCUUUUUUGCCUUCCAGUUUUUAUUUAUUCCUACCAACGCUUUGCAGAAUGUUAAAAUGAGCAUCCUGGAGGGCAUGUCGCUCGCAGAGCCCAACUUGUAUUUGGACCACGACAGGGCUGUGUUCGAGCGAAACAUUAACGCACCCCAGAGGGCCGAAAUCCUCGCCUAUUUGAAGCGCAGGGUGAGCGGCGCGCCCUCAGUGCCUACUUAG